CUGAGAGAACUCACUCCCUUGGUCACACAUUGUCACCUAUCAUAUCUUGGGAUUUUGACCCAAGAUGGCAUCCUCUCAGAGCGAGGCUCGAAGGGCAGACAAGCACACCAAAGCACGUCAACAAAUGAUGGACGAAUACGAAAGACAAAGAGCAGAAGUGACAAAUGCAUCGGAAAAGUUAAACAAACAAGCAUCUUCUGAUCGAUUUACAACAAAGAGUGAAAGUAUAGAAGAAACACUCAAAAAAGAAACAGUUGGUUUGGUAACUGCGGAAGAUUUCAAAAAACGAAGGGAAGCCCUUGAAGAACAAAAGAGAAGAGAAGCAGCACAGACGGAUGAAUUAAAAGCAAAGGAGAAGAUACAGAAAAAGAAGAAUAAAAAAAAUGCAAAGUCUAAAUUGUCUUUCUCAAUGGACGAUGAGGAAGAAGAGAGUGAGAUUGGGCCUGCAACAAAGAAAGCAAAGCUGAUAAAUGGCGAGACUGGCAAACCGGAAGCCAAGAGAAACAACUUGAAGAAUCCAGCAGUAGAUACGAGCUUCUUACCAGAUCGAGAAAGGGAAGAAAAAGAUCGUUUAGAACGCGAAACAUUACGACAGAAAUGGUUACGUGAACAAGAGAUCAUGAAAGCAGAAAAUGUGGAAAUCACUUAUUCUUAUUGGGACGGAAGUGGUCAUCGUAAAUCCGUUCAAUGCAAGAAAGGAGACUCGAUUGCAUCUUUUCUGGAAAAGUGCAGACAACAAAUACCUGAAUUAAAAGGUAUCACUGUGGACAGUCUGAUGUACAUCAAGGAAGACUUAAUCAUUCCUCAUCAUUUUAGCUUCUACGAUUUCAUCAUUAGCAAAGCUCGUGGAAAAUCUGGACCUUUGUUCAACUUUGACGUUCACGAUGAUGUUCGCUUGGUCUCAGACGCAACUGUGGAAAAAGAUGAAAGUCAUGCAGGCAAAGUCGUCGAAAGAAGCUGGUAUAAUCGCAACAAACACAUCUUUCCCGCCAGUCGAUGGGAACUCUUUGAACCAGGCAAGGAUUACGGAAAUUACACCAUUCACGAUCGCAGCAAAUGAUCUGCCCCCACCGUGCUCCACAUCGUCAAUUCCUCAACUGUAUACUACCCAUCACUGUUCAGUGUACCUUCAAUUCUGUACAAUACCAUCACAAUCUCCUCACACCCGAAUCUGAUGCCCAAGCCUAUCCAAUGCAAUUCUUCGAGAUUAUCGGCCAGUCUAGAUG